CAUCUCAAUCCUGUCGCUCGUUGUUUGCUGCUCUGUUAUCGCUCGCUGCGCAAGAACUGCCCGUCUCCCCGAACGCGUGGGAGUUUGAGACGUUCUCCACAUUCAUUUAAAUCUCUACACAACCUGAAGAUCGUCAUACGAGAUGCAGCUCACGUUCCUAGCUGGGUUGGCUGCGGUGGCUGUGGGUGUGGGCGCUCAGACUUCAAUCAGUCCUGAGCAGGCGUCAUCGGUGCUGAUGGUCCUCGCGACUGCACUGCCGGCCGAUGUGCGCAGCUACGCCAUCGCGUCGCAGUCGGCCUUUGCGGCCGAAAUGAGCUCUUCGCUCGCCGCUGGCAACCUUCCAGGGUGGUAUCAAUCCAUGCCUGCCGACGUCAAGAGCAUCUUGCCUCUGCUGUACCCUGCUGCUGCCGAAGCUACGACCACGCCUGUCGUCACUUCGACCACUGUCUCGAGCGCUGUCGCAUCCGCCAGCGCUGCGCCCACCGGCUCCAACAGCACCUCUAUUUCUGCGGUCCACUCCGCUACCCUGUCCGGCACCCAGACGACCCCUACUGGCGUUACCCCUCCCGAGUCCACUGGCGCCGCGUCGCACGCAAAGGCUGCCGUCGGCGCCGGCCUUGCUGGUGUCGCUGGGUUCCUCGCGCUGCUGGCCUUGUAAUCGCGUCGCGCCAUGCGACAGCCAACCUCCCAGUAUAUGGCCAUGAUACGAAUC